GAGAUUUUACAGUAUCCUUCCCCUGCCACGCCCACCAAGCCACACCCACAGAACCGGUAGUAAAAAAAUUUGAAACGCACCACUGGAAAGCAUGCGAACUCAUCAACACGUUCAAAGGGAAGACAAUUUCUUCCAUGUCUCUUAAGAUGGAAUUCAGCAUGUUUUCUUGCUACCGAGUGAAAAGGAUAUAAAAGAGAGAAAGACUGACAAGAAAGAAAAUUAAUGCUGAACAAAAAAGAUCCGGUCUCAGCAUCUCUUUAAAAUGAGCUCCAGAAACAAUGGCAAUUGUGCCAAAAACAAAUAUUCUUUAAGUAAUACGGUGUUUAAAUUCACCUCUCCUUAGAAUUUGCAGGGUCCAUUUUGUCUAAGUUUAAAAAAAACAAAAAAAACAGCAUUGAUCUUCUUAAACCCUCUUUGUGUCUCUUACAGGCAAGCCUCUAAACUGAAAUAGAUACAGUUAUUUCAAUUUUCUAAGGCCUGCCUUUUCCCCCAGGCGCAUGAAAAACGUGUGUCAGUAACACUUUUUAUCUGUGUAACAAAUUGUACUUAAAAUCAUUACGUGUGAAAUUACCAAUUAAUCCUACAGGGACAAGUCCUUUAGUAGAAAUCUACCCACUUGGGGCCGUACAGAUGGUGAAUCGGAGUUCUACAAUAGACCCAACCUCUGAUUAAAUGCAGAGAUGUAACGGACAAAAAAGCUCAAAAUUUGGCUAGAGAAUAAAAUAUCAGGUCCUAGUGCCCGACAAGUUCAGCAUAGUACAGUCUUUAAAACUUUAUUCCUUUUACUUCAGUGGAUGCAUGGGCAAAGUUUAUUCUUGGGGUUGCUGUAGUGUAGGAAAUCGUUUUUGAAGCGAUAUGGUACAGCCUGAAAGAAAGAGGCAGCAAAACUCUCUAAAAAGCAGAAUAUGAGGCAGAAAACUGACAAGACGUUCCCUGUGAAACGGCUUUACUGCUGUUUUUCUGCUGUCCUCUGUUGCUCCUGUUGCAAACUUUGCAUUAAAUCUUAGAGGAUUUUUAGUGUCGUCGGGCCCAGGUGGUCCUUCGCAGGAGCCCCCUUCCCCAGCCUCCAGACACAACUGGGGUCAGGGUUUGAUUCAAAGCUAAGGAAGGGGCUGUCUUUGGUUCUAACUGUACGGGUGUGUUACUUUCUGUUUGGCACAGCCUAAGCCCUGGUUUGGUAUUAGCAGUUAAAUCCUUUUGUGUAUUCAUCCCUGAUUUCUGUUUCUAGAUUUUAUAAGAUCCAGGCAGAAUCAUAGAUGCUUCUUUGGGCUAGAAUUACUGAGACUGCUGUAAUUAAAAGAUGUUCAUCGUUAUUUUUUAGGGGUAGGCCCGAUAAUUCUUUCUUACUUUAAUAGGACAGAUUCACCCGUGGCCUGGACAUGCAUUUAACAUCACUUUUAGUUUCAGUUUUGACAUGGCUUGGAAAUCCCAUUAAACCAUUUUUUUCUGGCCUGCCUUGGCCAGAAACUGAUAAUUUCAAAUAAUGAGUAAAAAGUACCCUUUUUUUCUCCCUAGUCAAGGGCUGUGUCCCACAAUUUGAAACCAACGUCUCCCAAAGCGCUUGGUGGAUUUGGGGAAAGGUCAAUUAACUUCUGUUUCCUCCGAGUAACCCUGAGAAGAACGGGCAGCAGUUGUGUCCAGAGCAAUUUGUCCAGUGACCUUCAAGGGCAGGAAGUUCACAAGUGCAACUAACAAUGUCAUCUCAAAUUUGUUCCUGGGUUGGUGUGUAUCGCAAGAGAAGGAGGAACGGUUGUGCGGCCUCUCCUCCUCCUACAAUGCUCAGGUUCCGAGUUCCUCACUCGGAGGUUUUAUUCAUUAUUUAUUAAGCAAAUGUAUAUGGGCGCCCAACUCACACAUAGGUGACUCCAGGUGGCUUGCAACGUUAAAAAUCCACAACAUUAAAAACCCCUUUCCCCACCUCCUCUCCAUGGCAGCAGCAACACAAUCAAAUCAACCAUCUAAUGGAUUUUAUGUCCAUUGAUAGUCCUCAGGCCCACUGACCAAAGCACAUCUUCAGGGCCUUUUAGAAAAACGAGAAGAUGGGGGGCAAGGGAAACAAUGUCCAAUAGAGAAGGGGACACUACAAAAAAGGCCCUUUUUCAUGGUCCCACCAGAUCUCAUCCCCAGCAGCAGAUCCUUCCUACCACAUUAGGUGCCCGCUGCAGAGUCACAAGACCCAAAGAAAUGUGUGUAUCUUCCACGUGUCUUUUUCCUUUCCUCUCCCUUUGCAGAAUCUGUCUUGCUGUGAUGACACAAUAGAACAUUCAAAAGCUGUACACCGAGAUUGGUUUCCCAGACAAGGGCUGAAGGGGAGCAGUGUUUUUUUAGGGGAAGCUACAAUAAGAGAUGAUUUGGAGUAACCCUGUUUUGCCUGAAGUCCCCUAAAGUAGAAGCUGACACUUGAGGAAGUCCAGACAGGGGUUGCCAUGUUAGCCUUCGAUUGCGAAGAAGGCCGUGUGGAAGAAGCCCCACCAGCUGAACAUGGAAGGGGCUCUGAUCGCCCGCGACAGAGUCGGAGUUCAAGAUUUUGUCCUGCUCGACUCUCACACGAGCGAGUCGGCUUUCUUGGACAACCUGCGCAAGCGAUACCGGGAGAACCUCAUCUACACCUACAUUGGGACUCUAUUGGUCUCUGUGAAUCCCUACAAAGAGUUGGACAUCUACACCAUGAAGCAGAUGGAGCAAUACAAAGGGGUCAACUUCUUUGAGCUGCCGCCACACAUCUACGCCAUUGCUGACAACGCCUACCGGGUUAUGUGCACCGAGUAUAACAACCACUUCAUCCUCAUCUCCGGAGAGAGUGGAGCCGGGAAGACCGAAGCCUCGAAGAAGAUCCUGCAGUUCUUCGCCAUGACCUGCCCAACCACCGAGCAGCUGCAGAUUGUCCGCGACCGCCUGCUCCUCUCCAAUCCCGUCCUGGAGGCCUUUGGAAAUGCCAAAACGUUACGGAACGACAAUUCAAGUAGGUUUGGGAAGUACAUGGACAUCCAGUUUGAUUUUAAGGGCGCUCCAGUCGGUGGGCACAUCCUGAGCUACCUGAUAGAGAAGUCCCGCGUGGUGCACCAGAACCCCGGGGAACGCAACUUCCACGUCUUCUACCAGCUGCUGGAGGGGGGAGAGGAGGAGCUGCUGGAGGGGCUGGGGCUGGGACGCAGCCCUCAGAAGUACUCCUACCUGGUGCAGGGAGGCUGUGCCAAAGUGUCUUCCAUUAAUGACAAAAGCGAUUGGAGAACCGUCCAGAAAGCCUUUGUGGUCAUUGAUUUUACCCCAAGAGAUAUUGAGAACCUCUUGGGGAUAAUUGCGAGUGUCCUGCAUCUGGGCAACAUCCAGUUUGAAGAAGACAGCAAUGGCCACGCCAUCAUCACCAAUGGCACUCAACUCCACUGGAUCUCCAAGCUUUUGGGCAUUCACCUGUCCAUCCUUCAAGAAUCUCUGACCCACAGGAAAAUCGAGGCUCGGUUUGAAGAGGUACCACUCGUUCUCCCUGCUCCUUUGCAAGAAAAUAACAUGGCAGAGCUGCCCUCCCGUGUACACCUGCUGUGGUUUCCUUCCUCCCUGAAGGUUUUAAGCCCGCUAGAUGUGGACCUGGCAUUUUACGCUCGUGAUGCGGUGGCCAAAGCAAUAUAUGGACGGACGUUUGCUUGGCUGGUCAACAAAAUCAACAGUUCUUUAGCAAACAGGGACUUCAGCAGGAAAACCGUGAUUGGUCUACUGGAUAUUUAUGGCUUUGAAGUCUUCGAGACAAACAGUUUUGAACAGUUUUGUAUCAACUAUUGCAACGAGAAACUCCACCAGCUGCUGAUCGAGAUGACCUUGAAGGCAGAACAAGAGGAAUAUGAGCUGGAAGGCAUUGAGUGGGAACCGGUUCCGUAUUUUAAUAACAAGAUCAUAUGUGACCUCGUGGAGGAAAAGCACAAAGGCAUCAUUUCCAUCCUGGAUGAAGAAUGCUUGCGGCCCGGUGAAGCCACUGACCUGAGUUUCUUGGAAAAACUGGAGGAGAAAGUAGGAGACCAUGCCCAUUUUGUGACUCGAAAGCUUGCAGAUCUGAAAACCCGGAAGUCCAUCGACUGGGUGGACUUCCGCUUGCUUCACUACGCGGGAGAAGUGACCUACUGUACAGUGGGAUUUUUGGAGAAAAAUAAUGAUCUGCUUUACCGGAACCUCAAAGAGGUGCUUUGCAAUUCCAAAAAUGGUAUCGUGAAAGAGUGCUUCCGCUCAUCGGAAUUGCACAACCGGAGAAGGCCCGAGACGGUUGCGACUCAGUUCAAAACCAGCCUGGCCAGUUUGAUCGACAUCCUGAUGUCCAAGGAGCCCUCGUACAUCCGGUGCAUGAAACCCAAUGGGGACAAAGAACCUGACAAAUUCGAUGACUCCUUGAUAAGACACCAAGUGAAAUAUCUGGGUUUAAUGGAGCACCUUCGGGUGAGGCGAGCUGGCUUUGCUUACCGUCGGAGGUACGAGCACUUCCUGCAAAGGUACAAGUCUCUCUGCCCGGAUACCUGGCCGCAGUGGCGAGGCCCUGCAGCGAAGGGAGUGGAGAAGCUCAUCCAUCACAUCGGCUACAAGCCGGAAGAGUACAAGAUGGGAAGGACCAAACUCUUCAUUCGUUUCCCAAGAACGCUGUUUGCCACUGAAGAUGCCUUUGAAUAUAGAAAACACCUCCUGAUUUCCAGAAUACAAGCCAAAUACAGAGGUUGUCUCGGGAAGCGAGAAUUCCAGAAGAUGAGACAAGCCGCCAUCCUGCUGGAGGCGGCGUGGAGGGGGGUCCUGGCACGCAGACUGGCCAAGAAGAGAAUGUGGGCAGUUGAGACCAUCCAUAAGUUCUUAAAAGGCUUCAUCCACCGCAGGGAGCCCCUGAACGGAGAGAACGCGGGCUUUGUGAGGUUUGUGCAGUACACCUACCUCAUGAAACUCAGGGAUCACAUUCCAAAGACCGUCCUGGACAAAAGCUGGCUUAAGCCUCCAGAGAUCAUGCAACAAGCCUCUGCUCUUCUGAAGACCAUCUGCAAAAGGAACCUUGUCCGGAAAUAUUGCUGUGGAAUCACUGCGGAGAAGAAGGCCCAGAUGGAGCAGAAAGCUGUUGCCAGCGCCAUCUUCUUUGGGAAGAAGGUUGGCUACAUGGAAAGUCUGAACCAGCCCUUCCUGGACAGCCGACUGGGUGAGAGCGACCUGUGCCCCAAAGUCCUGCAGAUGAUCCGCCAUGAGAGGAUCCAGUAUGUCACUCCAGUGGUGAAAUAUGACCGGAACGGCUUCAAGCCCCGAGAGCGGCUGCUUGUCCUGACCCGGGUGGCAGCUUACGUGGUGGAGACGGCCAAGAUCAAGCAGAGGAUUGAGUACACCACCCUCAAAGGCAUUUCCACCAGCAAUCUCAGCGAUGGCAUCUUAGUCCUUCACGUUCCAGAAGACAACAAACAGGAAAAGGGAGAUGCCAUCCUGCAGUGCGAGCAUGUUUUUGAGACUGUCACCAAGCUCUGCAUGUUAGCCAGUAAGCAGGACCUGGUAGCCGUGGCCCAGGGAAGCCUCCAGUUCCAGAUCAGUCCCGGGAAAGAAGGAACCAUGGUUUUUACCUCCGGGCAGGAGCCUCACGUCUACAAAGCCAAAAAUGGACAACUCACAGUGGUGUCGACCAAGAUAAAGUCCUGAUGGGGAAAACCAAAACAGAGGGUUCUCCGUUAACUCUGCCUGCUUGGAAAAGAAAGUCCCUGAAAUCAACUCUACGGAGAAUUGAGGCGGUCUCCUUCCUAAACCUACUCAGAUGUUGAUGCCGUCAGGUGGCUGGAGUUGAGGUCAUUUGCAUCUUUUUUUUAAAAAAAGUGAAUCAUGUCCGUCCAUUAAUCCUAGACCCUGUAACAGCCUCAGUGAGACCCUUUCCCAGAACUGAUGCAUAGAUUGAGGCCUGAGUGUUUUCGUGAUCAUUUGCUUCAACGUUCCAGUGGGCAAUAAUUUAACCAUUAACUGCACCACACAGCCCCAAGCCCUGGUUUUAAAAUGCAGAGCUCCAGAGAAGAAACUCGGCGUAAAAAAACGAAGGACUCCAAACGCCGUUUCUAAGCCGGACUGGAAAAGGAGCGAUACGGCCGGCCAGGAAACUCUGCCUUGUGUCUCGAGUGAAUUCAUUUUUCAACCAAAUUUUCGGCAAAAUUAACAGGGGCCGGUUUGUGAAAUUCAGACUUGAGGUUCUUACUUCCGAGACAAGCUAGUAAGUCCCGGAAGGUAGUUCUGUUCCUGGAGUUACGACCCCAUGUUAUUCUCUGUAUUACAACCUGUGAUGUAUUUAUGAAAAAUUAAAUUAAAAAGGUGAAAGGAAAAUUCACUUUUCACUGGCCAGGCCUCUCCACGUCUGCUAGUC